GGCGCCGGCAGCGUCAGUCUCGAUUCGCCAAUGUCGCGACGCGCAUGCUCGGGCGCAGUGACGUGAGUGCCAACUGCCAAGUGUUGUGCUAUGAUUUAUCUGUGAUAUUGCAUUAGGAUUUACAAUAUGAAGUGUGUUUUAUUGAUAAGUGUUUGUUCUUUACUAUCUGCUACAGCUUCCACAAUAUAUGAUGAAUACAACGUUUUGCAACAAACCAUAUUUGCCGAUCACGCAAAGAGCAGCGAAGAUUUGGAUGAUCUGUCUAAACCUCCCUACAAAAUAGAUAAACCAGUGUCGGUUGACAUUUCAAAGCUUUCCCUCGCAAAUAAAACACUAUUUUAUCCACUGAUGAUACACGCGGUGUUCAAGUUGGAAAAAUACAAAACAUCAAAUCUAUUCUCUAUAACCGAUCCAACUGGUUACAUUAAAAAGUUAAUGUUGACUCUGAAGGCGAACCCUGGAAACUUGAACGAAUUUAUAUUGAAAAGUGACAGUUUCUCGAUGAAGACUGUUAGUUUUAGAGAAAAAAUGAGUUUGAAAAAUAAAUGGACAAAUGUUUCUUUCUACAUACAACACGACAAAGUAUCUUUUUGGCUAGAUUGUGAAAAGAGAGAACCUGAUUUUGAAAAGAGUGGUUCAGUGUUUCACGAUAUUGAUUUGAAUGGUGAUUUUCAAGUACACUUGAGUGACGCGGUGCAUCCUUUCCACGGUGAAUUUCAAGAUAUAAAAAUGUUCGUCGGUGCUGAAGAAAGUAUUAUAGAUAAUAUAUGUAAAACUGCUGGUAAACCGGCUGGGGAUUAUGGUGGGCCAAUAGCAGCAAGUCUUACCGCUGAAAGGCCCUUUACGGACUUCUUCGAUUCAAGAACAUCAUCAACGAAAGAGAGGGGUGAUGGAAUUGGUGGCGAUGACGAAGAUAUAGAAGGCCCCGGUUUUGUAUCAGGAUCAUCAGGAGAAAUUGGUAAAUGUGAAUGCUCUGAGUCGACCAUAUCAAGCUUGCUUGCGUCCAUGCCUGAGAUGAGAGGACCACCAGGAAGUCUAGGGCCACAGGGUGACCAAGGUGAAACUGGAAUAGCUGGCCCACGGGGUGCACCGGGUGAACCCGGACCAAGAGGUCACACUGGACACGCAGGACCAAGAGGAGAAGAUGGCAGUCCAGGAAGAACUGGACCUCCAGGACGCGAUGGUGAAUCAGGCAAGAGAGGAGAACCGGGACCAGUUGGGCCACCAGGGCCGCAGGGACCCCCUGGAGUUUGUACUGUGAUGAAGGGAACAGAAGAAAAAAAAGAAGUAGCCAUACCGGGUGAAAGAGGUCCACCUGGACCAAUUGGCCCCCCUGGUCCUAGAGGACCGGAAGGAGAAAGGGGCGCAAAAGGAGAAACUGGUACCAAAGGAGACAAAGGUGAUCAGGGAACAAUGGGAGAUAGAGGAGAACCCGGUGAAGAUGGAAGAGACGGGGCUCCAGGCACACCUGGAAGUGACGGGCUACCCGGUCAUAAAGGACAAAAAGGCGAUACUGGCCUUAUCGGUCCGCCCGGUCUGGCUGGCAUGCCAGCUACAUUAACAUCAUUAUUAACAGAAGAAAUAGAUCCUAAAGAGAAGGCUGAGAUUGCUGAUUUAUUGAGAGGAUCAAAGGGGGAGAAAGGAGAUUAUGGCAUCAAGGGUGACAGAGGGGAUGACGGGAUAAACGGACUACCGGGAAACGACGGAAAAGAUGGCCGAGACGGAACACCGGGAGAGCAAGGUCCACAGGGAUCAAAAGGGGAGCAUGGACCACCUGGACCAAGAGGUCAUAAAGGGGACCGUGGAGAACCUGGACCACCCGGAAACACUCCUGCUGCUGCCAUUACGUUAACUAAGGGUGAUAAAGGAUCGCAUGGCCAUCCCGGAAAGGUGGGCCCAAAAGGAGCUCCUGGUCCUAAAGGCGAACAAGGUACGCCGGGACAAAAUGGAACUAAAGGAGAUAAAGGAAAUUCUGGAGCUCCGGGACCCAUAGGGCACAAAGGCGUUGAAGGUAAAAAAGGGUCGACCGGAGAAAAGGGAGAGAAAGGGGAAAGAGCUCAACCCGUUGACUUGGCAUUGCUAAAAGGUGAAAAAGGCGAAAGAGGCCAGAUUGGACCCACGGGACCAAUUGGCCCACCUGGACCCCCGGGCGCAGCCUCCAAUCACACUGCUAUUCCUGGACCUGUUGGACCUUCAGGGCCGCCUGGCCCUCCAGGUCCUCCUGGCGAACCUGGCCAACCCGGAACAUUAGGUGGACCAGCGGAAGCACUAAAUUCGAUUUAUUAUGACAUCGGAGAAGAUGACUUCUACACAGCUUCCACAGUGGUUUACAAAAGCCGGACAGCAUUAAUAAAAAGAACCGAAAGUACGCCUCUAGGAACCUUAGCAUUCGUCUUACAAGAGGAAAUUCUUCUUUUACGGGUCCAAAAUGGGUGGCAAUAUGUCCGGAUGGGUUCCAUAUGGAACGUCCAGUCAGGAUCAACGACCAGCCAACCACCGUGGCAUAACCCUGCACCAGUAACGACGCGAUCCCCAAGGGCAAACAACAUUGUCGCAAGCACCGACAGACCUCCGAGGAUGAGACCUCGACGCCCACGGCGUUUAAAGACAAAUUACAUCCGUCUAAUAGCCUUAAAUAGCCCAUACACUGGUAAAAUGUUAAGUGAGACGAAUUCAAGUUUUAGUUUCUACGCGAUAGCAAAUGACUGCAGAAGGCAGGCCCAAAGACACAAUAUUAGCGGUCACUUUGAGCCUUUACUCGAUUAUAGGGAUGGUGGCUUAGAGAAUCUUGUAGAUAAAAAAUACCAUCAACUGCCAGUAGGAAACUUGUUUGGAGACAUGCUUUUUAAUACUUGGAAAGACAUGUUCUAUGACCUGGGUCACAUUCCUCCGACUGCAAACAUAUUUGGGUUCAACGGGAAGAGUAUAUUUAUUGACCCAAACUGGCCUGAACAUAAACUAUGGCAUGGAUCUAACACAAUAGAAGUGGGCCAGAAGGCCAACUGCCAAGAGUGGAUGAGCGAGAGCCCUAAACAUUUUGGGACUGCGUCAACGCUUGCCAAAAAUAGGUUGCUGGAGAGAGAACUGCACCCGUGCAGCAGCAAAUUCAUAGUAUUGUGUGUAGAAGUAACACCAAACCUGCCCAGAAGACAAAGGCAUAUACCAGCAAGGAGACGAAGAAGGUUAACGUGACCAAUUUUUAUAUAAGUGCCAUUAAAACUUAGCGAAUCACUGUGAACCACAGAUGGUUAACUCUGACAGCGCAAGUAAACAUAGAUAUCAAAGCUUCAAAAAUGUCAAUUUGAUUUGAUAUUGAUUAGGCAUUACUUGCAGUGUUAGUAAUGUGCUUCUCGCUCUAUUUGUGCCUACAAUACAAUACACUGUAAAUAUUUUAAGUUAUUAUAAAAUCAAGUAGAGAGUUUUAAAGUUCAAAUUUGACCCUUGGCGUUGUGUGUUUCAUAUUUACAUUUUUUUAUUUAGGACAAAUAAUGCAAACACAAAACGCUAAGUGUGUUGUUGUAUAAAGUAUUGCUUUUGGAAUAGUUAGGUAAUAUUAAUAUUAAGAGCGAAUGAAUGUUGACUGUAAUUUAUUAUUAGUCGAAUAUCUUAAUUUCAAAAAUACCAAUUCAACUUUUAAAUACCAAUUUAUUUACCUAAAAAAGGACUAAAACUUACAUUUUGCAAAUCUCGAAAAUAGCUCCGUCGAUUACGAUGAAAUUUGGGCGAUCUGUUGAAUAAAAAAUAAAUUUCUGCAGAUGCAGAUACUCACUGCAUUUUUUUAUGACACCGAAAUACAAAGGAUUAUGACACGGGUAAUAUUUGAUAAGAGUAAGUUAAAUUUAGAUCUUGUAAACACAGACAUGAAACUUUUCAGUUGCAGUUGAGUUUAAAAAUUAAUGUAUAAUCUCAUGUUUUAAUGAAUAUUCAUUUGUUGGUAAUUCGUUGAAAAACUAUUACAUAGAAGUAAUUCUUUAACUGGAACUUCUUGCCUUUUUUUCGUUUUAGGUGUUACUGAAAUAUAGCCAUUAAUAAUACUCGA